AUGGCUUCCCGCAAAGAGUUAUUGAAAAUCAUUGUCCUCGGAGAUUCGGGUGUUGGAAAGACUUCUCUCAUGAAUCAAUACGUUAAUAACAAGUUCAGCAAUCAAUAUAAAGCAACCAUUGGAGCAGAUUUUUUGACAAAGGAAAUUAUGAUUGAAGAUACAUGUUGUUCUUUAUCCAUUUGGGAUACUGCAGGACAAGAACGAUUUCACUCAUUGGGAUUUGCUUUUUUCAGAGGUUCAGAUGCUUGUGUAUUAGUAUUUGACGCAACCACUCAAAAAACAUUUGAUAAUAUUAAUAAUUGGAGAGAUGAAUUCUUGUUACAAACAGGACCAUCAGAUCCUGAGAAUUUUCCAUUUGUAUUGAUUGGAAACAAGAUUGAUUUGGAGCAACAAAGAGCUGUGCAACAAAAACAGGCACUCGCAUGGUGCAAGAGUAAAGGCAAUAUUCCAUACUUUGAAUGCAGUGCAAAAGAUGGCACCAAUGUUGAGCAUGCUUUUGUGACGGUGGCUCGAAAGGCCCUUGCAAAUGCUAAAGAUUCAAAUGGUGUCACAGAAGGAGCAAAUACUUUAGGUAACAUUGAUGACGAGCCAACUCCAAGACCAAAUAAUGGAUGUGCAUGCUAA